AUGAAGUCCUCGUCCUCGGGCACUCGCAAGCCCUACGGCGGGUCCACGCGGAGUCUUGUACUUGCACUAGACAUCGGAACAACCUUCAGCGGCGUCUCAUACGCAAUCCUUGAGCCAGGAGAAGUCCCGAAGAUUCAUGGCGUCACCAGAUUCCCCGGACAGGAACAUGUCGCGGGCAACUCCAAGAUACCCUCCAUAAUGUACUAUGAUAGACACGGAAACAUGAAGGCGGCCGGCGCAGAGGCAGAAAGUGCCUCCAUCGUCGCAAACGCAGAGGACGAAGGCUGGGUCAAGGCAGAGCUCUUCAAGCUUCGUCUCCGGCCAAAGACGAUGAAGCUCAAGAUGAACGGCAUGCGCCUUGCCUCGCUGCCCACCCACAAGACCGCCGUCGACGUCUUCGGCGACUUCCUCUCAUAUCUCUUCCGCUGCACGCGCUCCUUCAUCAUCGACACACAUGCGAACGGUCCCGCCCUCUGGCACGCAGUGGAGCACGACAUCCAGUUCGUCCUCAGCCACCCCAACGGCUGGGAGGGCGCACAGCAGACCAAGAUGCGCAGGGCAGCAGUGUACGGCGGACUCAUUCCUGAUACCGACGAAGGGAAGGCGCGAAUCAGGUUCGUCACGGAGGGUGAGGCGAGUCUACACGCGUGCGUGUUGAAUGGCCUCGCCGCGGACGUACUAUCACAAAACCCGUCUGGGCACGGGUUCAUUGUCGCGGACGCUGGAGGCGGCACGCUUGACAUCAGCUCGUACGCGAUUCGGGGCACAGUGCCACUCGUCAUUGAAGAGAUAGCCCCACCAGACUGUGUCUUUGCAGGCUCUGUAUUCGUCAGUCGGCGUGCACGCGCGUUCUUCGAGGACAAACUGAAGACGUCUAAAUACGGAUCGCCAGACUCGCUCGACCACAUCACGAAGCGGUUCGACGAGACGACGAAACGGCUCUUCCGUGAUGACAAGGAUCUGCAGUUUGUUCCCUUCGGUUCGCCGCUGGACAAGGAUAUAUCUGCGGGUAUCCGAGGUGGUCAGCUGAGGCUCAAGGGAACGGAAGUUGCGGCACUGUUUCAGCCCUCGAUCGAGGCGGCGGUGCUAUCCAUCGAGAACCAGGUCUCAGCGUCUGGGGGUGCCGUCAAGUCUGUCUGGCUCGUCGGAGGCUUCGCCGCCAGCCCCUGGCUUUUCAGCCAACUACAAGAACGCCUCGCGCGGAUGCACAUCACCGUGAGCCGACCGGACAGCCAAACGUCGAAGGCGGUCGCGGACGGUGCGAUCGGCUUCUACUGUGACCAUCACGUCUCGGCGCGCAUGUCCAAGUUCAUGUACGGUGUGGAGUACCUCCGCGAGUUCGAUGCUCAUGACCCGGAGCACGUCGCGCGCAAACACCGGCUGUUCGAGCUUCCGUCCGGCCCGACUCUACUUCCUGAUGCCUUUGAUUGCAUUCUCUCGCGGGGUGUGAAGGUGAAGGAGUCGAUGGUGUUCAGCCGCAAGUACUGCACCGAGGUCACGAACCUGUCGACGCUCUCGGUCUUCGAGGUCGAGAUCUGGUGCUUCCGGGGCGGCGACGUCGUACCCAAGUGGAUCAUCAGGAACGCAGAGAAUUUCUCGACGCUGUGCUACGUGCGUGCCGAUCUGUCGCCGCUCGCGGGAAGUGCCCAGUCGAAGCAGGGGAAGGGCGGGAAGACGUACUGGACGAUCAUCUUUAGCAUUGAGAUCCACUUCGGCUUGACAGAGUUCAAGGCCAGGAUCAAGUGGUUGGACAACGGCAGGACGAAAUAUGGGCCGGCAUCGAUCGUAUACAACGAGAGCGGCCACCGCGCAGAGGAGGACGAGCCAGACGAAUCCCCCGAAGACAACAUCACCGUUCUCUCCUCCGUCUCCGACCGGUACCCCUCCGAGAAGGCCUCCCGCGCGCCCUCCCGCGACCCCACCAUCACUGGCUCACGCAGCAUCCCGCCCUCCGUCCACGCCUCGCCUCCACUGCCAAGCGCCGGCUCGCUCUCGCGCUCCUUCUCGUCCGGACACGCCACGUCGCGCUCCGUCGACAAGGGCAAGGCGCGUGCGAUCGAGACGCCACCCGCCGCGAUGCGUGAGGUCGACCGCUCAGUAAACGUGUCCGGCCGCUCCGCGGACUCGGGCCGCAGCGGGAGCACGCACCUCGGCGAGGCCCUCAACUCCGUCUGGGGCCCGCCCUCCGUGUCCGCCGCGCCAUCGAAGCACCAGACGCCCACGUCGUCCCCGCGUGACUCGAUCGCGAUGCGCGGUGGGCUCGCGUCCGUCCGCGAGGAAACGCGCGCGACGCCCCGCGAGCCGUCCGCCGCUGUGACGCCGAGGGAGGUCUCCAGAGCGGGCUCUGUGCGGGAGGUAUCGCAUGCGCCUACCGUUCGGGAGUCCAAGGUACCUACUGCCAGGGAGUCCAAAGUGGUGACUCCCAGGGAGAUCUCGAAGGCGCCGACACCGCGGGAGCCCUCUCUUCCCCCGACUGCCAGAGAGUCCGUGGCUCCGCCGACUCCGAGAGAAAUAUCGCCUCCUGUUCCUGCUGUCAGAGAGAUAUCGGUACCUCAAACACCCAAAGAGCCGACGGCUCCGCCUACGCCUAAAGAAGCGUCCAAGCCGCCGACGCCGAAGUCCAAGCUAUCGACGCCCAAGGAGCUGUCUAAACCGCCGACGCCUCGCGAAGUGUCCCGGGCACCGACUGAGGUCUCGAAUGCACCCACUACCAAAGAGACGUCUCGCGGCGCGACACCCAAGUCGCUCUCAAAAGUGCCCACGUCCAAGAAGGCGUCUCGUGUCGCAUCCCCGAAGGACGCUUCUCGCACUGCAACACCGAAGGAGACCUCGCGCGUCCCGACGCCCAAAGUCGAGCCACAGCCAAUUGCUGAAGAGAAGCCUGUCACCCCUGUCGUCGAGGCUACGCCUGUCAUUGAGGCAACUCCUGCGGGGGAAGAGUUUGCAUGGCAGCCCGCGCCCGUUGAGUCCACUACAGAACCCCCUGCCGCUGAGUCGUGGGGAGCAUGGGGCGGUAACUCCUUCGCUCCUGAGACGCAUGCAAAGACACCUGUGCCCGCACCAGCGGCGCUUCCCGACGGUCUUGCCGAUCUCGGACCCAGCACGUUUGGUGACACGGUUCCCGGCUCUCUGGCCGACUUUGGGCCCAGCUCAUUUGACGAAGAACCCUCAGGUAACACGGGUGCGCCAAUGUUCGGUACCUCGUUCUUCGGCGGCGGUCAGCAGCCCCUACAACAGCCUGGCGAUCCCGCGACCGGCGCCGGGAACCUCUCAGAGCUCUUGUCGUCACCAGGCCCGGACCCCGGGUCCAGCGCGAGCGCGGGCAUGUUCUCUAACUUCCUGUCGGGCUCAUCCUGGGGAGGCGGCGCGAGCCGCCCGUCGUCGACGACGUUUGGUGGGCUCGGUUUGGCCCUGAAGAGCAACUUUGGGUCUGGGCUCAGUUCAAGCUUCGGCUUCGGCCAGACGCCUGCGUGGAACGCAGCCGAGGACAACGGGGAGGCUGAAACUGAGGCGGCCGAGAAGGCUGCUGCUGAGAGGAAGGCUGCAGAGGAGAAGGCUGCGGUAGACGCCGCUGCGGCGCAACAAGCAGCAGCGGAACAGGCGGCUGAGGCUGCCGCCGCCGCCGAGGCGGAGAAGAAGCGACUAGAAGAGGAGGCUGCACAAGCAGAGAGGAAGAGACAGGAAGAGGAGGAGGCACAGAGGAUGCAGCAGGAAGAAGCGGCGGCUGCGGAGAAGAAACGACUGGACGAAGAGGCGGCCACAAUCGCCGCUGCAGAGGAAGAGAGAAAGAGGCUAGAGGAAGAGGAGGCAAAGAAAAAUGCGGAUGAUGAUUGGGGGAGCCUCCCUGUUACCACGAAGGGCAAGAAGGGCAAGAAGGGCAAGAACGGGGCUGGAACACCUGCAGCGAUAUCUCGCGUCCCAUCUGCCAAGCAGAAGGAGGAAGAAAAGAGGAGACUGGAAGAAGAGGCGAAGGCUGAGGAACAGCAGAAGAAAGCCGAGGAGGAAGCUGCUAAGAUUGCGGCAGCCGAGGCAGUCAAACUGCAGGAAGAGACGGAGCAAAUAGCUAAGGCGAAAGCGGAGGAGGCAGCAGCACAACAGGCGGAGGCGGCGCAGCUAGCGGAGGCGGCGCAGCAAGCAAAUUCGGCCCAACCAGCGGAAGCAGUUCCUCCGGCAGACGUAGCUCAGCCAACAGAAGUGGCCACUGAGCAGCCCAUCGACGACUGGACUGAACCGCCAGCAGGAGAAAUUCUGCCGAUAACGGAGGAAGGUGCAACCCAGCCGGUGGAGGAGGGCACAACUCAGCCGGCAGACGACGGUGCAAUUCAGCCUGAAGUAGUAGUCGGCACAUCUCAGCCGACAGCUGAGGAGGGUGCAGAUGACGCGGCAGGUGAGGAGCCCAAGCAGGAUGCACCGGAGGAGGAGGUAAAGGCGGAAGACGAAGACUUUGGCUGGGGAGUACCAGUCAAGAAAGGAAAGAAGGGGAAGAAGGGUGUGGCUGCGACUCCUGACGCUAUUUCGCGGGCUACGUCUGGGAAGAGUGAAGGCGAAACUGCACCUACUGGCAAAGGCAAGAAGAAGAAAAAGUAA